AUGUCUCUAUUCCGAUACAAUCACGCUCAACCUUCCAGUCUCAAGCCCAUCAUGAAAUCACUAACUCUUCCUACCAAUACCUUCGCCAAGCUGCACAAUUUAGCAGCCUGUAUCUCCGACCGACAAUACUCUGAAAUCGGCGGGACCCCAUUCAGCGUCAGUUACAACUGGGCUAAGAACUACGAGAUCCUGCCGGACAACACCAAGUGCGCGUGCGACUUUUACAAGCAGCGGAGCACCGGUAGCAAGCAAUGGGACACCUGCCCUGAUUGUAGCUUCGACGGAACUUAUUGUAACUCCGCGGACUGGCACAUUGGUGGCAAUGAGAUGACUUAUUACUGUGAGAAGUUGUGUCAUGCUCAGGGAGCUGAGGGAAACUAUAUUAAUAGAUGGAGUUGA